AUGGUGCCCUUGCACGAGCAUGAUUCUCGAAUUCCUAUGAAAGCUUCCAGCAACCGUGCUGAGAUUCCGGCAGCGGAACCCAGCUGCCUGUUUGGGAUGAGACGCGGCUCUGAUUACCUGUUCGAAGGUCAAGGCGAGCAUCUGAAGAUGUUUCAAGAUCCAGCGCGAUGGCGGUGGGUGAUACUGUACCAGACGACUGUCAUGCCGACCAGCACCUAUGCCAACGCGGAGGCGGCAGAGAGCCGAAGGUCCGCGCAGCAGACGCAGGAACACGAAGUGCAAAGAAUCAUGGUCGACCGAGUUCGGCUCACACUCACAUGGCAAGCAUCUGAAAAGCGAGGCCGGCGAGUCAAGAUAAGCGGACAUUCGGUAGCCAAACUCUGUGUCGGCGGCAUCACAAGCCACGACCCCGCCAGGCUGGAAAUCUUCCUCGAAAUUUGA